CGGCCAAAAGAAUUCGUCAGUGUUCGCCGCGCUGCCCUGCCGGCAAGUUGUACAGGAACGGAACGGUAAUUCGUUUCCCAUCGUGCGUGUAUGUAUAUAUAGUCACGAGUGCGCGUGCCCUGCUACGGAGAGAGAGCCUUCGCGUUUAGUCGAGACGCGACGUGCACGCACGCAUUACCAGCUAGCCUGGCAGGUAAUCGCCGCGGUUCGAGCCAGUCCCAGAUGUAAACAAUCCGAGAAGGAAAACCAGUGGGAAAGUACCGGCCGAGGAUUUCGAAUUUCCAAGAGGACGGGUCAUUCGUGGACAGUCCCCGCGGAUCCAGGAGCACAUCGAUGAGAAAUAGGAGGGAAGAUCGUCGACGAGGGAAGAUCGCUUCGAUCGGAAACGUUUCAUCGACCUCGUAUCUUGGCGGACGUGACGCGGCGAUUCGGCCUCGCGAAUCGAUUCCUCGAAAGUGUUCGCAGCACCGUACUCGACACGAGAUAGCGGAGCCAAAGAUUCUCCUCUCCUCGCAGUGGGCCAAGUUCUCUAUCAAAACAUGGCCACGUGACCGACGGCGCGGCUUGUAAACACAGAGAGUUUAACCACGUGGUUUCCCCCCUCUUCUACCUACCGACGCUCUCUCUCUCUCUCACUCUCUCUCUCUCUUUCCGCGUUUGUGUAUGUGUGUGUCUUUCUCUUUCUCUGUCUGUUGCUGUUUACCUCUGUCUUCCUCUAUCCCUCGCACCUUCUGCGUCUCUAUCUUUCUCCUUCGCUCACGCAACACGCAAAACAACCUACAGCGUGUAUUCUCGGCCGGUCCGUAGUCAGUCGCGGGAGAGUUCGAUUCGAGUGAUCCGCGACACACUCUGCCUGGCUUUUCCCGUCCCGUUUCUCCGCCCAAGAUUCGACAUCGUUGGGCGAGUUUUUCCAGGCCCGCGCGCGGAAUCGUGGGAAACUGGUAAAAUAAAGUGACAUUGUGACGAUCUCGCCGCGGGUCUCGCGCCGCAAAAUUCCGUUCGCGUUCUUUUGGGAAGAGUGCGGUCGAUUAGCACGCGAAUAGGCCGGCGGGCGAAUCAGUGACCGAGGUGGUGACCGAUCGUGGACGCGUUUUUUUUUGUUCCCGCCGUGUGCCGGUGGUAAUCGUGGCCUGCCACGAUUCUCGCGUGAGAGGAAAGCACGUUGCCUUGUCCGGGGAGAGAGAGACAGCACCUCGCGCGAGGUGAUCUCGCUUUGCCAAAGUGGAGUAUACGGAGGAGCCCAGCAUGAUGGACUCGGUGCCGGUUUCUGCUUCGGGGUCGAAGACCGGAUUACCACCGCAGCAGCAGCAGCAGGGGGUACCGUACGACCUUGAGAGCGGAUUCGAGCCACAGACGAGAGCUCGGUCGCACACGUGGCCGCUGCCAAGAUCGGAGGAGUACAUCGAGGGGAACGUGGUGUCCGGGAGCAAGGAGGGCGUCGAGGGCGUCGAAAGUGGCACGCCGCCUCAGCACGCCGCUCUCGGCCAAGGUGCCGGCAGCCUGCUUCCGGUCAAGAAGAAUUCGUCAAGACGGAACGCCUGGGGGAAUCACAGUUACGCCGAUCUGAUCACCCAGGCGAUCACCAGCGCUCCCGACGAACGUCUCACCCUUUCACAGAUCUAUGAAUGGAUGAUACAGAAUAUCCCAUACUUCAGGGAAAAGGGGGAGAGCAACAGCAGCGCUGGAUGGAAGAAUUCCAUAAGACACAACCUGUCGUUGCACAGCAGAUUCAUGCGAGUUCAGAAUGAAGGUACCGGCAAGAGUUCUUGGUGGAUGAUCAAUCGGGACGCGAAACCUGGCAAGUCCUCGCGACGGAGGGCUAUAACGAUGGAGUCUAACAAAUUGGAGAAACGACCAGGUCGCACGAGAAAGAAGAUCGAGGCGCUAAGGAAUGGCGGACUGCAAGCUGAUGUGACACCGAGCCCAAGUAACAGCGUGAACGAGGGCCUUGAUCAUUUCCCCGACAGCCCUCUUCAACACGGAAGUGGUUUUCAGCUCUCCCCUGAUUUCCGUCCUCGAGCUCCAAGCAACGCCUCCUCCUGCGGUCGAUUAAGUCCAAUCCCUGUGCUCCCUGGGGAACCGGAUUGGACACCAACAUACACUACCUCUUAUAGCCCAGAACAAUUAGCCGGUAGCUUUGCGGAAACGAUGAAACUGGAAUCUUAUCAAAUGUAUCAGACAUCGCCACCGAGCCAUCAGCAACAGACCGGUCCACCGCCAUCUUAUUACGAGACCCAGUAUCAGAGAAGCAACAGCCUUUCCGCGGGAUCGCCUUCCUUCGCUUUGCAACCGACACCUCAGCCUGCGAGUCAGCAAAGAUGCACGACUCACGGUCUGCAACCGUGUGCCUGUCAAAUGACUGCAAGUCCAGUGGCUGGAAUGUCACCGUCGUAUCAGCAAAGCGAACCGAGUCCCACGGCUCUGGGUAACAGUCAACAGCAGACUCUGCAGUACAUAAUGCAGACGCAACAAUGUCAACAGCAACAACAGCAACAGCCGCAGACUGUUCCGACAGGAGCUAGUCCGCCGCAGACACCAACACCAUGUGGGCCCACACCGAGCACAAUGAUGGGGCAGUUAAUGGGGGCACUAAAUAACUCCACAAUUCUUGACGAUUUGAAUAUAAACAUCGAGUCGUUGCACGGCGGAUUCGACUGCAACGUCGAAGAAGUGAUCAAGCACGAGUUGUCGAUGGACGGGACGUUGGACUUCAACUUUCCGCAGGGGGGCGUGAUGGGCACGACCGCGAUCCAGGUGAGCGACCGCAACGUCGGCCAAAACGGCUCGAUGUCACAGAGCAACAUUGUCGGGGGUGCGACCGGCAACGGAAGCGCAGGUGUCUAUGUGACCAGUAGCGCCGCGACCCCAGCCGCGCCACCAUCAUGGGUCCAUUAGCGAUGGUAUCCUUACUCCCGACGACCUCGUCAUCUUUGUCGCCGAGCGGUCGGACAGGUAUCCGAGGACCGUUCGCGGCACAGCUCAUCGGUGAGUCAAGCAUUAUCUGUUAGAAGAAAUACGCCCGGUCGUUGACAAACGACAGAGUUCUAAUCGAUCUCACGCCGGUGGUCCGUUUCGUCGCUGAGGAACAAUCCUCGCGCUAGGGAAUGAGUAAUCGAUUUGCAGAGAUCGAGGCUCGAAGAGCUGGCUCACAAAGAAAGGCUGCAAACUCGAGAACUUGGAUCGCGAUCGAACCUUCUGGGAUUAUGAAGCACGAUUGAAUGAAACGAUCUUUUUGUUUCAACGAGCUCACUUUGAAUUGAUACGAUCAUGCGUCGAAUUCUAUUCGUCUGAUAGUGUGUCGGAAUUAGGCAAUAGUUGAGAAGGCUGUUAGUUCACGCGACUAGAAUAAAAUACAUUUGAGAAGAGCUCAGAGAAUCAUCGGAUCGAAGGACACUAGCCCCGAUGUGUCCAAAACGCCGAGUUUCACGGUGUACACGGUGGUUAAUCAAAUUAUUGGAGUCACGAUACGAAAAAAUAUAUUUAUUGUUCCAGUAACGGACGAUGUAUGUAGUUUACGGUGUCGUUGCUGAACGUAUACAUGCAACUCGCAAACGUCAAUACUUCAUAGGAACUUUUUGUAGCUAUUUCACUUAAAACUUGAUUACAUUGUUUCAACGUAAAUUGGUCAGUCCAGACAAGUGGCUCUGAUAAUUUGGAUACAAUUUGUAGCUUCACUCAAAAGAGUUAAGCGAGAAAUAAUAAGAGACUGACUGCCAUUAGGCGACAUAAGUAGUAAGACCCAACGGUUGUGCCUGUUUUAUUUCUUGGCAAUUAUUGAUUGGGAAAGCUUGCGAUUGGUCUCGGAUCCAACUGAACCAUAAUCACUAACACAACUUCAUUGUCCAAUGGAGAUUUGGAUUUCGAGUUGUGUUCGGGGAUUUCUGCUUAGCGCAAUAUGUUUUACGAUCCCAAAACGUUCGAUCAAAAUUCGAAUUUUCGCAGUUAGAAGUUUUCGUUGUUAGAAACUGCGAGUUGCCCGUUCACGUAUUUGUUUAUAUAUAUUUCUAUUCAGUUUGCUCUUUAAAUAUGUAACACCUGUUUUACCUCAACAUUGUCGUACGACCUCCUCGACAGGAAUACUGACGCAUCCACACCAUCGGUAGUUAUUGUAAUUGUGUAUAUUAUCCGUAUGUACAAAGUCUUCUAUUAAAUAAAGCCAUUUAUUGUUAAAGGAGUGAAACAAAAGAAUAUAUUCGUUCGCGUGUUCCCGCGCGCCACCGAAUCGUUGUCUUUAUACUCGUGCAGGGUGUCUCAGAAUCUCCGGUGCAAUCGAGGAGACAUUAUAGUGAACGUUAUACUGAUGUUCGUGCACUUACAGGUUUUAUUUAAUCGAAUUCCUAGUAAAAAAAAAUGUAUGGCGUCUACUUUCUGCUAAUAAUUUAGAUCAGUAGUCGAAUACCGUAAAGCCGAACUCGUUUCAAUCAGUGUGCCAGUAAUUACAAAACUGGACUAUCUGGUCUUCAAAUAUUUAUUUAUACGUAACAAUUACGUAUUGCUGAAAGGCAAUUAAUUGUUUCACGAUGUGAUCUUUAAUGUUACUUUCAGUUUCGAUUUCCUUCGAGUUUGCUUAAUAUCCACUUUCACCACUAUUGGCACGCCUAAAAGGCACGAAAACCUGAACUUCUCCGGCAAAGCGAUCCCGUUUGUUUCGCCAACUUAGUCCUUUUUUGAGGAAAUCAUCGAAUCUGAUAUAAUGUGCCGUUCAUUUCGAAACACCCUGUACAUCGGAAUACCGUAAGCGUACGAUAAUGAUUUCCUCUUAACCGUACCUGCUCAAUACAAUCUUCCGUUCUCUUCGUAUGAACAAGGUGUUCGCCCAGCUAACGGCCAACAAUUCCUCGUGAACGGUGAAUAUACGAAAGAAACCAAACUGGAGAAUGUCUUGCUGUUUUUUUUAUAACGAACAGGAUAGCAUAUGCAAUCUUUUAUACGGUGUUUCUUAAAAACACAAAUGAUUUCCAAUCGUUUUAUUUCUUUUAUCCCCUGGAUGCACUUUUUGUGCUUCAUACGAUGCUGACAAUUGUGAUGAAUUCGACAUUAUAGCUAUAAUUAAUCCAUACAUUCGCACAAGAUUUUGACAGCAUCACCAAUUAAUGAAGCUAUUUAAUUCAAAAGUGGUCACAGUCAAUUUUAUAUUUUCUUAGUCCAACACCACUUUUCAAAAGCUUAAUCUUUAUCACCAUACAUAUAUAUAAUUAUAUAUUAUUGCAUUUUACAGAACUUUUAAUUCAUCCCUCAUUAUCCAGUAAUCAGAUGAUUUUUAUUUAUGCCACCUUCGUAUUAACUGGUGCAAAUAUAACGAUACCUAGAUUUGUGGUAAAGUUACGUAAAUAAGUUACGUAAAUAAAAUAAAUACGUAUUCAAAAUAUGAUUCUUUUUAAGCAAUAUACAUAACGUUCCUUAAAAGAGUGUAAUACAAUAUUUUAAUGAAUAUAAAGAACAACUUUUAUUAAUUAACUUAAAGUGCGUUAACAUUACACGCGAAAACGACUGAAAAACGUUAUCUGAAUUGAGUUGUUCAAUCAAGACAUUUUCAAAUAUCUCGAUCAUUAAUCAUUAUUCCUACUACAUUGUAAUACUUUCUUUUUACGUAGAAUAACGAGAGAGAGAGAGGGAGGGAGAGACAGAUGGGGAGAGAGAGAGUGAGGAAUUUGUCUCUAUAAAAAGAAAUAAGCAUUUUCAUUUUAAAAAAAAUAAUACAAUUGCUGAUUCCAUGUGCACCGCUAAGUCCACUUUAAAGAAACUUGAUCCUACAAAUUUUGCAUCCUUUAACACUAACCGUACUGCCGAUCCAAUCACCGGUUCGACAAUUCUUAUGCUACAAUUAUUGAAAUUAUAAGGACACGUCUACCGGAAACCAUUCAAUACAUUUAUUCAUCCCAACAUAUAUUAAUAUAUAAAAAAUCUAAAUAAAUUCAAUACCGUACUUUGUAUGCGACAACACAGACAAGUCACUCCUAACGCCCGGUACAGUUAGUAUUAAACUAUUCAUCAUCCAGUGCCAUUGAUCACGGGUUGACAUUGAAACAGACAUUCGAGCAGCACAAAUAGAAUCGUGUUAUUAUUUCAUUGCAAUUGCGUUUACAAUUAAACUAAUCAAUUAUUCAUUAGACAAGUUUGAGUGACCAAUUCGGGAUCUUCUAACAGUGGUUGGAGAUUAGCAAAUUUACCCUGACUUUCAGCAGUUUAUGCGAACGGGACUGAAUCCAAUUGCUGCGACCUAUUUAAGUUAGCCGGCAGAAAAUGAGAAGUCAGGCGAAACUUUUGAAACAGUGGGUUCGAAUGAUCCCAGGCGUCGUAAUCCAACGCCGCUCUCGUCUUCCGGUAAAUGUCAGAAGAAUAAAGAACCGGUACACGCUAUUUUUAUUGUUAUAAACAACAGCAGACCAUUCUCCUAAUUCACGUUUCUCGUGCACACAUCGGUCACGGGAAUAAUGUUGAUCGACGGCUGCGCAGCCACCUUGCUGAAUUGUUCGCUCGGAACUCAUCCGAUCGCGUAAUCGGUUUUCCGACAAGACAGGUGAAUUUAACAAUAGACAGUGAAAACUUCGUACACUUUUCAUCAAUGAAAAAUUCUUCGAAUAUAGGUAGCCAUUUCUAUAUUCUAUGAUGUGUAAUUAUAUAGUUAAUAUAAUAGGUACUAAGUUUAUUGUAGACUAUUAUUAAAAAGUAAUGGUGGUUAGUUCGAGAGGAAAAGCGCAGAUAUAUGGUGAAACCUCCAUUAUCCAAACGUCUCGCUCUACGGAAUCUUGAGAAUUGUACAUUCGUGUAAAAGUGUAUAUUUUUUGUCGUCGGUAUGCCACUUCGUUGCCGAUCGUAUUCGAGCGUCGCGGAUAUUCUCGUUGUGAAUGCGACGUUCCACGGUUUCACGCGAAAGAUCGGUUCACGAACGCUAAUCCGGGCCGAGAGGCAUGCAAAAAAACCGAGAAACGUCGCGCUCGAGAGAGAGAAUUCGAAAGAAACGCGAAAGCGCAGUGUUUUCUUGCUGGAACUUUGAUCGAGUUUGAAACUCCGCGGCGCGAACCGAUUUCCAACAGCGACCAUUUUGUUUCUGUGCGUCUUCGAAAGAGGCUCUGAAAGAAAGCGCUGCGCUUUUUAGGAUUAAGAUUCAGUUACGUGCGAAGCUUAUCUCUAAGGACUUUUCUUGGUGAAAAUAGUGAUAGACGUGCGUACUGAUGGUAGCGAUAUUGUUAAGAACAUUUUGCUCCGUAUUCGCGAAGCGGCGAGGAAACCGAUUGUUCCAGGGAAACGAGGAAAUGGAAGUGGACAGUUCAUUUCAACGAUCGGAAACAUCGAAAUUCGUUCGUUUCACCUGUUAACCGGGGCAGACGGACCAGCCCGUCUGUUUUCGAAUGUACCUUCCACAAAUUUUUCGUCUCCUCAUUAUUUAUUUAAUGAAGGGACCCGGCGUUCUGUCAUAAUGACUGUAAUGUUGUGAAUUACACUGUGCUCGUGUUUAUUGCGAAGCAUAUUACUUGUCUAUACAUAAUUGUCGUUAUGAAGAAAUCCCCGGUUGACUGGUCUCGGAUAAGUACCUAAAUUACAUAUAGUCAGUCACACAAAUUUAUUUGUAUAAUUUAUUUAACGCAAGCUUCUUCGAGAAUGAAAUAAAAUAUUAAUAUUAUAGAAGGAACGUGUUUUUAUUAUACUCAGGUAUAAAUUGUUUAAUCUAAAAAAUAGUAUUUAAAAGAAUUUAUUGUUAAAUAAAUAUAUAUAUAUAUUAAAAGAUAUAAUAGUUUUUUGUAUGAAAAUAUUUGUAUAUCGAAUUUUUCUUUUAAAGCAUUCUUGUUUAAGUUGAUCGUUUCAGAGUAAAUAGGAGAUAAUUUUUUAUUUUUUGAAGGUAUGAUCGAUUUUCGAUUCGCAUUGGAAUGCUUGGGAGUGCAUCGCGGUUUGUUACGAACAAUUAGAAUUCGCUAAAUUGUUCUCGAAAACGUUGAUUAUAUUACUGAAAGAUAAUUUAAUUUACUUCAAUUCCAACACAGUACUUCUGGUCAAGUAAGAUAAUUUAUUGUUCUACUCGAGCAGUGCCGGAAAACAUAUUUCCUUUUUUUUUUACGACUACGUUUUAUUUCUAUCAACGCUAACUGGUAUGGGAUAAGUUUAGUCAGCAUUAGUGUUUUGUAAUUUUUUUUAAUUUUAAUUUCAAUUUCGCAUUAUAUUUCUCGCAUCCUUAUAUAUAGAUUUCUGUGGCUGAUUAUACUCAACUAAAAAAUGAAGCUUGUACGUUUGAGAACUUCCGUGAAUGAACAUUUUUGUUUGCACUGGAAAAUCAUAUUCGAGAUAAGUUUUCAAACACAGCAGAUACCUUUACGUUUUAAUAUUUUCACCGAAAAUGGACGAUUAAAUCGUUUCGAGUGAAGCUAAAUGUAAAAUUAGUACCACGAAAUUCGAAAAUAUGGAUCCCAGAAAUUUACCGACAUAUACGUCGAAGUUAUGUUACCUAAAACACUGUCGAAAUAUCCUCUUAUUUAUAUGUGUUAGUUUGGAUAGUGGAUGUUCUACUGUACUAUUAAAAUAAAGUAAUGAAAUAAACUAAUCUAUGGUGAAUGUUUAAAGGAAGAAAACCCUCCAUAUUGAAAUAAUUAUUAUAAAUAAAAUGUUUCAAACAUA